AUGGUAAAGAAAGCAAACGGCAAGUGGAGGAUGUGUGUCGACUACACGGACCUGAAUGCGGCGUGCCCCAAGGACCCUUAUCCUCUACCAAGCAUUGAUCAGCUCAUUGAUGCCACAUCAGGACACCUGAUGUUAAGCUUUAUGGACGCCUUCUCCGGGUACAACCAGGUUAAGAUGAACCCAGCAGACAUAGCCAAAACAGCCUUCAUAACCCACCGGGCAGUGUAUGCCUACAAACUGAUGCCUUUCGGGUUAAGGAACGCCGGGUCCACAUACCAGAAAGCCAUGAAUGAAAUUUUCAAAGAUCAACUCGGAAGGAAUUUGGAAUGCUACGUCGACGACAUCAUCUCCAAAUCCACUUCGGUCCCGGGUCACAUUUCUGAUCUCAAAGAAUGUUUUGAGAACAUGAGAAGGACCAAGCUAAAGCUCAACCCGGACAAGUGCACCUUUGGAGUGGAGGCUGGAAAGUUUUUGGGUUUUAUGGUAAGCAACCGGGGUAUCGAGGCCAACCCGGAGAAGAUCAAAGCUGUACAAGAGAUGCAACCGCCUCGGACUCAGAGGGAGGUCCAAAAGCUAGCAGGGUCCUUAGCAGCGCUCCGAAGGUUUGUCUCCAAACUCGCUGAAAGAUGUCUACCAUUCUUUGAGUUGUUAAAAGGGGCAAAAAAUCAGAAAUUAGUAGAAUGGAGCCCGGAUUGCCAAAGAGCUCUUGAUGAAAUCAAAGCAUAUCUGUCCAAACCCCCAAUCCUGACAAAAGCCUUACCCGGAGAACCUCUCUACCUAUACCUGUCAGCCGGUCCCUUCGCCGUCGGGGCAGCCUUGAUCCGGGAAGAAUCCGGACAACAGAAGCCUGUCUACUAUGUCAGCCAAGUCCUCAAAGAUGCGGAGACCAGAUACCCCAACUUAGAAAAAUUUGCAUUUGCACUGAUCACCGCAUCCAGAAAACUCAGACAUUACUUCCAAGGAAGAGAAAUCAGGAUUGUCACAGACCAACCGCUGAGGAAAAUCAUUCACAAGCCAGACAUCUCCGGGAGACUGGUGAACUGGGCAAUCGAGCUUAGCCAGUUCAGCCUAACGUUUCUACCCCGGACAGCGGUCAAAGCCCAGGUCCUGGCAGACUUCGUAGUGGAAUGCAACUUCCCAGAAAAUCAAAUAACUCCCAUGGAAACCGAACCUGAAGCCCCGGUAGAGUCUAACCCGGAGUCUUGGAUACUCCACGUUGACGGUUCCUCAACAACCGAAAGGUCAGGAGCCGGACUAAUCCUAAAAAGCCCGGAUGGAUUCACCAUCAAAACAGCAAUCUCUUUCAACUUUGCAGCAACCAACAAUCAAGCAGAGUAUGAAGCCCUAUUAGCGGGAUUGAGGUUGGUCCGGACCUUGUCAAUCCGGAACCUCACCAUCUACAGUGAUUCCCAGAUCGUGGUCAGACAGACCAAUGGGGAAUACCUUGCCAAAGACCCAAUCUUGACCAAAUAUCAAGCCUUGGUAAAAGGCUACCUCACUCUGAUCCCCGGGUGCAAGAUCUUGCAAGUCAACAGGGAAGAAAAUGCUGAAGCAGACAACCUCUCCAGGUUAGUCCAAAAUUCAGCAGACCUGGGUAGCUCAGUCUAUUUCGAGGAAUUGAACAAGCCAACAAUAGAUCAUGAAGAAAUUUUCGAAAUCAACAACAACCCUACCUGGAUGACUCCCCUGAUCAACUACAUAGAGAAGGGAGAGUUACCCGAAGACAAGGGGAAAGCACAACGGCUGAAAGCUAAGGCGGCCAAAUUUUUUGUCGAAGAAGGAACACUCUUUCGCCGGACCUACUCAUCCCCAAUCCUGAAAUGCAUAGGUCCGGAAGAGGCCGAAUAUUGUCUAAGAGAAGUUCACGAAGGGAUCUGUGGAGAUCACAUGUCAGCAAAAGGCCUGGCGUAUAAACUCAUCCGGCAAGGCUACUACUGGCCAACUAUACACCAAGACGCUAUGGAAUUUGUGAAAAGAUGCAAGAACUGUCAGCUGUUCAGCAACGUGCCCCGGGUAAGCCCUGUCCUACCUUCCUCAGUUCUAUCCCCGAUCCCAUUUGCUGUAUGGGGAAUAGACAUCAUGGGACCCUUUCCCCGGGCUAAAGGAGACCUCAGAUACUUGCUUGUCUCCAUUGAUUAUAUGACCAAGUGGGUUGAAGCCAAGGCAAUGCGGACGAUCAAUCAACAAGAUGUCAUCCGCUACCUGGCUGAAAGAGGCAUCAAGCACAAGAAGUCUUCAGUCGCCUAUCCUCAAGGAAAUGGCCAGGUAGAGGUCACCAACCGGAUCCUCCUGAGAGGAAUUGAAAAAAGGCUUGAAGAAAGCAAGAGCAAGUGGCCAGAAGAACUACCUCAUGUCCUCUGGUCAUACCGAACUAGUCCUCGGACAAGCACCGGAGAAACUCCAUUCAAAUUGGCCUAUGGAACGGAGGCAAUGCUCCCAAUCGAAGUCGGGUCACCUUCCCACAGAGUGAUCAACUUCGACGAAAUCGCGAAUGAAGAAGGACUCCGGGUCAAUCUGGACUUGGUAGACGAGGUCCGAGAUCAAGCAAUCACAAGGAUGGAAAAAUACAAAGAGAAGACCCGGGAUCACUUCAGCAAAAAAUCCCGGGUUAGGAAUUUUCAAACAGGAGACCUAGUACUACGAGACACCGAAGCCUCUGAUCCAACCAACACAGGCAAGCUGAUGCCUAAGUGGGAAGGCCCUAACAAAGUCAAAGAAGUCCUAAGGCCGGGCACCUACAAGCUGGAGCAUAUGGACGGGUCAGAAGUAUCCAACACCUGGCAUGGUCUUAGGUUAAGGAAGUUCUAUCAGUAA